UUCAGCCAUAAUGGAUUGUAAAUUGUAUUUCUAUUCAGCCAUAAUGGAUUGUAAGUUGUGGGCUAUUGAACGUCAUUGUUUCCAGACAAUAAUGAUGAGAACGGGACUGGUACGACAAGCAGAGUACUCCAACUUCCUGAAGAGUGUGCCAACAUUCAGAAAGCUCAGUGAAAGAACUUUAAUCAAGAUAGCCGACGUUCUAGAAGAGGUAAGUUUUCUUUCUCGUCUUGUGUACGACAAAGGUGAUAUAAAUCCUCAGUUGGCUGCAUACAGAGCUGCUUCACUGAGAACGGAGGACAUGUUUGUGUUGUUAGUCAUACAGAGCUGCUUCACUGAGAACAGAGGACAUGUUUGUGUUGUUAGUCAUACAGAGCUGCUUCACUGAGAACGGAGGACAUGUUUGUGUUGCUAGUCAUACAGAGCUGCUUCACUGAGAACGGAGGACAUGUUUGUGUUGCUAGUCAUACAGAGCUGCUUCACUGAGAACGGAGGACAUGUUUGUGUUGUUAGUCAUACAGAGCUGCUUCACUGAGAACGGAGGACAUGUUUAUGUUGCUAGUCAUACAGAGCUGCUGC